CCUGAGCAGUGGGGUGAGGAGGGCUGGGAGCCUGAGGGGUUGGUGGAGAGAAGUGCAGAGGGGACUGGGGGAGGGAAAGCUGGGGGGGGUUACCCCCUAAAAACAAAGGCAACAGUGCUGCCCCCGUCAUGUCUCUGAACCCUCUUCAGGGUAGGAGCCAUGAAGUCCACCAGCUCCUUGGCUGUGCCCCUUCCCCACCUCUGCAAGGGGGCAUUAAACUGGCCUUUCUGCAUAUGCCUUUCCAAGCCAGAUUAACAAUCCACGUACCUUUAAAUACACUAAAAUGAAAACCCUGCGUGUAAUGUUAAGCUUCUCCUACACCCUGUAGGGAUUGAUGCUCUUAUGAGAACCACAUUGGAUAAAUGUCAAAGCCAUAUCAACUUGGCAUGAUGACAUCUUUGCUUUUAGUCAUUCACUAGUAACAUCUUGAAUUGGAAAUGUGCUGUGUAAUCACUUACAUUUACCUAGCACCUUUCAUCGGUAUGGCUGCUCUUCCACAGAACAACCUCCAGCAGCAGCUAGAGCUUCAUUCAGCAAAAGGAACUCACAAUAAACUAACUCUUCCAAAACACAAACCAGUAUGUUUCACUUUCAAAAAGAAAACUGCUCCAGGUAAUGCUGUAUCCAUAGACUGUUUAACAAAGAGUUCUGCAUUGAAGGAGAAGGAUGUUAAUAUUUCUCAGACAAAAUCGGUUGCAUCUUUGCCCACCUUGAAGGAUAAUCAGAUAAAAAUCAAUGACUUCUUUGAGAAAACAUCAAAACGUCCGGAAAUACAACAACUUUGUCCAAACUGGAUAUCGUUAAAUUCUUUGGAAUGUUCCCAGCGAGUUUCAAAUAAUUUACCUCCUAGAAAGGAAGAUAAUGUAAGCAAGAACCCAUGUGAUUCUGCUUCCCGGAAAGCCGAGCACAAUUGUACAAAUGACUCUGUUAUUACUAUAGAAGAUGACUGGGAUGACAUAGACGACUUUGAUACAUCUAUAAAGCAAAAGAACAACUCAAAACCAUUGGUUUUAUCCCCCCAAAAUCAGAUUGUAAAAUCCAGCAAGACUCUUCAGAUAUCCAAUUCCUGUACAGUUAGAUCAUCUAAGGCAUCCAGGAUAGUGAACAUUGAGUCACGACUGUCAAAAUCUUGUUCUUCUGAGAACGGGGAAAAAUCACUGAAUGACAAACAGCUAGCUCUAUCAAACAAAUCUUUGAUUUGUGUUGAUGUUUCAGAUCCUGAUGAUCGUAAAAGACUUUUAGGUGAAGAUCUUCAUGGGGAGAAGUUGUCCACAGAAACUAUUGUAAGGGGCAAAAAAGAAGAAACUCAUACAGUUCUCAGUAAAAUACAGUGUAAUAGCAAACAAAAACUAAGAGAGAGUGAUAAGAAUAGCCAUUCAGCAAAGGAACUGUCUAAAGGAUGGGAUGAGACUCAUGAUGACACUGGAAAUGAGGAGGAUGAUCACCUCGAUUUCAUUCCACCCUCUCCAGAGGAAGAAGUGCUUUCCUCCUCGUCUUCUGUAAAAAAUAUUAGUAAUAUUUUCAAAGAACCUGAUGCAGAUGGAAAACUGAUUGAUAGCAGUCUGUCGAAACCUGGAAAAAGCUUUGCAAAGCAGCCUACCAGUGGAACCAGUAUAGAGCAUGCAGAUGAAUUCUUAAGUUUGAAACAGCAUCUCUUCAUUGUGAUGGAGGACAUCUGUAAAGUAGUGGAUUCUAUUCCAGUACAUGAACUUAAGACAUUGUCUUGCGGGAAUGAUCUUCUUCAAAAGAGAAAUCUCAGGAAAGAACUGUUAACUAAUCAUAUUGAUGCAAAUAAGAGAGAGUUCAGUAUGCUCUUUUCCUCAAACUGGAAAUCCCAUCCUUGGCAGGGCACUUCUGUGGAUGACAGCACGCCUGUACAGUCAGGCCAAAAGUGUAGCUUCAACUCUGAAGGCAACUCAUUCACAUUUACAAAAGUUCCCUCCAAACUUUCUGUUGCCAUUGAGUAUCAAGGAAAUCUUACUACGAGCACCUUCUCUGCAAUAAAACUUCAAACUCCAGAUACCUCAGGUACAACAGAUUUUUCACAGUGUGCUGAUGUGGAUGUGAGCAUCCCAGGAAAUGCUGGACUUUCUUUUUCCAAGAAGGAUGUCAAAGAACGAACAUCACUCAACUUUCACUGGGAGAGACCCUCUUUCAACAGUAGCUGGUGUGACCAAACAAGGGUGGAAAAGGAUGGAAGCUACCUUUUUUCAGAGAGGCCUGUAACGAGUACGGCUUCAAAAGCUGAAAAUAAAAGUUCAACUAAUAUUAAUGAAGUAGGAGAAUAUGACACUUCAGAAGCAAGGGAUCUAGACUUUGAUCUUGAUAACUUUGUUCUUGAAGAUGAUUUUGAUGAGAGGUGGGAGAGUCCACUGUACGAUUCAGUAGACAAAAAGACAUCUACAUCACUAUACCAACCUAUCAGGGAAGGUCAGUCUGCUACAUCAUCAUUGAAGUCAUUUUCUACAAUCAAGGAAACCAGCCCUAUACCUAAUCCUGUUUCUAAAUCAAACUUCUUGGUGUCAGCCAAGAGCUGCUCAGUAGACCCACUGCUGAAAAAAUCACCAUCCAAACAUCCAGCACUAGCACGCUUCAGAGGCUUUGCAUUUCCCCAUUCUGAAGAGAUGAUGAAGAUAUUUCACAAAAAAUUUGGCCUGCACCAUUUUCGGACAAAUCAGCUGGAAGCCAUAAAUGCUGUUCUGCUGGGUGAAGAUUGUUUUAUCUUAAUGCCCACUGGUGGUGGUAAAAGUCUAUGCUACCAGCUACCAGCCUGUGUAUCUUCUGGCGUCACUAUUGUAAUUUCUCCAUUGAGGUCAUUGAUAUUAGAUCAAGUUGAGAAGCUAAUGACUUUGGAUAUUUCUGCUACUUAUCUGACUGGUGAUAGGACUGAUACUGAGGCUUCAAAAAUCUACAUUCAGCUGUCAAAAAAAGAUCCCCAAAUAAAACUUCUUUAUGUUACUCCAGAGAAGGUUUGUUCAAGUGGCAGAUUGAUUUCAGCCUUGCAAAAUCUGUAUGACAGAGGACAGUUGGCACGUUUUGUAAUUGAUGAAGCACACUGUGUCAGUCAGUGGGGCCAUGAUUUCCGUCAAGACUAUAAACGGCUGAACAUGCUUCGCCAGAGAUUUCGCUCUGUUCCUAUGAUGGCUCUUACUGCUACUGCUAAUCCCAGAGUACAAAAGGAUAUUCUAAAUCAACUUGAGAUGCUAAAACCACAAGUGUUUACUAUGAGCUUUAACAGGCAUAACUUGAAAUAUGAUGUAUUGCCCAAAAAGCCAAAAAGUGUCGCAUUGGACUGCUUGGAAUGGAUCAAAAAAUAUCAUGCAUAUGACUCUGGAAUAAUUUACUGCCUCUCACGGCAGGACUGUAACAAAACAGCUGAAAUUCUACAGGAAAAAGGUCUUGCUGCACUUGCCUAUCAUGCUGGCCUCAGUGACUCUGUUAGAGAUCUUGUACAACGAAAAUGGAUUAAUCAGGAUGGGUGUCAGGUCAUAUGUGCAACUAUUGCUUUUGGCAUGGGAAUUGAUAAGCCAGAUGUACGCUAUGUUAUACAUGCAUCUCUCCCUAAAUCCGUGGAAGGUUAUUAUCAAGAAUCUGGCAGAGCUGGCCGAGAUGGGGAAGUUUCACACUGUGUGCUUUUCUACAGUUACAGCGACGUGACUAGGCUUAGAAGGCUCAUACAAAUGGAAAAAGAUGGAAACAGUCAAACAAGAAAAACCCACUUUGACAACCUUUAUAGUAUGGUUCAUUACUGUGAGAAUGUGCACGAAUGCCGGAGAAUACAGCUUUUGUCUUACUUUGGGGAAACCAGUUUUAAUCUUAACUUUUGUAAGGAAAACCCAGAAGUAACUUGUGACAACUGUCGUAGAAAGAAGGAUUACAAAUCAAGAAAUGUGACAGAUGAAGUUAAAAGUAUUAUAAGAUUUGUUCAAGAGCACUGUGGACAAAGGGGAAGAAGAAAUGCAGGCUCUGGAAGGUAUACGUUGAACAUGAUGAUUGACAUUUUCUUGGGUUCGAAAAGUGCUAGGAUUCAGUCUGGUAUAUUUGGAAAGGGAGCUGCCUACUCACGACAUAAUGCGGAAAGGCUGUUUAGAAAACUGGUACUGGAUAAGAUUCUCGAGGAAGAUUUGUAUAUCACUGCCUCUGAGCAAGCAGUAGCAUAUGUAAUGAUAGGAGAGAAUGCACAGGCUGUGCUAGAUGGAUAUCUACAGGUGGAGUUUUAUGAAACUGAGAAUGCCAGCAGUAUUCGAAAGCAAAGGGCUUCAGUGACAAAAAUGUCACAACGGGAAGAGGUGGUUAAGAAAUGUCUUGUGGAACUUACAGAUGUUUGUAAAACUCUUGGAAAAGUUUUUGCUGUCCAUUAUUUCAAUAUUUUUAACACUGCUACACUUAAGAAAAUAGCAGAAACCUUGUCUUCUGACUCAGAGGUUCUGCUUCAGAUUGAUGGUGUUACAGAAGACAAACUGGAAAAAUAUGGUGCAGAAAUCAUUCAAGUCAUGCAGAAGUACUCUGAAUGGACACUGCCAGAGAACACUGACUCUUACCAAACCGAGACCACAGACACUGGAGAAUGUGAGAGUGAGGACACAGAGGGGACACACACAACUUCUAGCUAUUUUUGCAAUACCACAAACAAAGGAAAGAAGAGGAAAAGAGUGCCAUUCUUCAGGGAAUCCAAGAAGAAAAAAACAGGUUAUGGUGGUAGCCAGCAGUCUUGUUCCAAGAGGGGUAACGUCAACAACAAAAAGACCUCUUCUAACUCCAAAUUCCAGGCAUCCUCAAGAUACAAUUCAACAUCAAAUGGUACUACAGUUACGCCAGGAACCAGAAGAAAACUGGGGAUUAUGGCGCCACCAAAACCCCAAAACAGACAAUUCCUUAAACCUUCCUACUCACUAUUGUAAAUACUGUGUAAAGCUGCAAGUAGUUAACAUUUCCAUUAACUUCCCAUUUUUCAAAUGUAUUCAAAUUUUGACAUUUGUAAGUACAAAGGUUGUAUUUGUUUAAAUAAAUGCUUUUAGAUAAA